GCAAUGAAAAAUAGAGGGCUAAAAUUUGAUAAUAUAAAAACGUGUUGGGCGAAAUGAGAAAAACUAUGCGGACGCGUUGGUCGGUUAAAGCUCGUUUACGGUUAACUGUCUCCGUAGACAUAUGGUGGGGUGAAUUGUGAUUCAAAUCGGAAAACCUCCAUCGCUGUUUUGUUCUUUGAAUCUUUUUGAGUUUUGUUCGAUUUUGCAUCUGAGAGAGAGAGAGAGAGAGCAGAUCCGAAGGAAAGAAAAUGCAAGCAAGGCAUGGCCAAUCGUCGUAUCGAGAUCGGACGGACGAGUUCUUCGGCAUCGUUGAAACUCUGAGGAGAUCAAUUGCUCCUGCGGCGGAGAAUAAUGUGGCGCACGGUGGUGGAGGAAGGAGAGAGGAUCCGAGAUCCGCGGUGGCAAAUCAGUCUGAGUUCAGAAAGAGAGCUGCUGUCAUCAGCUUAGCUAUCAACCAGACGUCGCAGAAGCUUUCGAAGCUUGCUCAACUGGCGAAGAGAUCAUCAGUUUUUGAUGAUCCCACACGGGAGAUACAAGAGCUGACUGCUGUAAUCAAACAAGAGAUCUCUUCUCUGAAUUCCGCUCUCAUCGACCUUCAAGCUGUACGCAACUCUCAUAAUGAUGAACGGACCAUCUCUAGAGACACAACUACUCACUCAGCAACUGUUGUUGACGAUCUCAAGAAUCGCUUGAUGGACACUACCAAAGAGUUUAAGGAUGUUCUUACUUUGAGAACCGAGAACAUGAAAAUCCAUGAAAUUCGAAGGCAAAGAUUCACGUCUAACCCUUCAAAAGAAUCAACAAACCCAUUUGUUCGCCAGCGCCCUUUGGCUUCUAAGCCUGCUGCUACUCAACCUGCUCCUCUUCCAUGGGCAACUACCUCUUCUUCUUCUUCUUCUUCGUCUUCUUCUUCUUCAUCGUCUCAGUUAGUCCCAAGGAGACAGGGAGAGGCCGAAUCUUCUCCAUUGUUGCAGCAGAGUCAACAACAACAACAGAUGGUCCCGUUGCAAGACACUUUUAUGGAGAGCCGCGCAGAAGCUCUACACAACGUAGAAUCAACAAUCCAUGAGCUAAGCAAUAUCUUCACACAACUAGCAACCAUGGUUUCUCAGCAAGGGGAGAUAGCUAUCAGGAUCGAUCAGAACAUGGAAGAUACAUUGGCGAAUGUGGAAGGAGCACAGAGCCAGCUGGCCAGGUAUCUCAACAGUAUAUCAUCGAACCGAUGGCUCAUGAUUAAGAUUUUCUUCGUACUGAUUGCAUUUCUCAUGGUUUUCCUCUUCUUCGUGGCCUAA